GCACGUGACUAUGUGAGGGCAACUCUGUAGUGGCGUCGGGGUUAGUAAUAUUUUGUUAAUUUUAUGAAUUUAUUACUGUGAAAAUUAAAAAGAAUGGCAUUUGUAUGGAUAUAUGUGCUUUAAUUAAUCCUACUUUGGCAUAUUUUACCGGUUUUAAAAAUGAUUGAAUAAGGUUGCCUAAGGGGGCUGUCAGAUAGAGCCAGAAUGGAGCCAACACAGUCAGAGAAGCCGUCAUCUGCACAGCCCCAUUCUCCACUGGGCGGUGAGGAGGAGAUGAUGGAGGUGGGGGAUGGAGGGGGUUCAGAGGAGGCCGAUGAAGAGGAGGAGGAGGAGGAGUCUGAACAGUCAUCCAUUAUCAUGACACUUGCAACGUCAAAUACGAUGCCUUAUGAGGGCCUUGCCUCACCACUGCGACUGCCUCACACAGGUGGCGGCAAACCUCUGAACCUGAAGCGAGGCAAAGGUCGACCCCGUAAGGACGCCUCCAGCCACUACAUGGCCAGGCACAAGAAGCCUCUCGGUUUGAAGCUCAAGAGAUCAAAAUCGGGAGUGUACGUGCCUUCGGAGAAGUCGCCCCGGCACACGGAUGGCGACGACCUGAUGAGCAGCAACGAUGGCUUCACCAGUCCGCUCGACUCUGUCCAACUCGACGACAAGGACAAGAGCAUUCCUCCCUACAGUCCGCCCCUCUUCCACGAGCAAUGGCCGGGCAAAGUGUGCGCCCUGUGCAACCUGAGCGAACGCAGCCAACUGGGUCAAGGCGAGCUGAUGCGACUCAGCUGUCCGGAGGGAUUCCGACCACAGCGCAGCGACCCGCAGCUGGCCUUGCCGCCCGAACCACCCCCAGCUGGUGAUUCUGCCGUCUCCACCUCCGCCCCCGCCCUAGCCCCAGCCGCCUCCGCAGUCACCUAUCGCCGGCAGAAGAGCUUGGCUAAGUGUCGACUUCAAGUGAACGGACAAGAACAUCUAGAUGAAUUGACCAUUGUAGGCUAUGCCGAGGAGCCUGAUCUGUCAUUGAUUUUUGAUAGAGAAGGCUACUUCUACGUGCACGAGUCGUGCGUGGUGUGGCUGUGCGGAGGUGCACAGGUGGCGAACAGUGGUGAGUUGGUGGUGCUUGCAACGAGUCGACGCUGCGGCUACUGCGGCCGCUUUGGGGCGGGCGCUGCUUGCACGUUCUCCGGCUGCCAGCGCCACUUCCACCUGCCUUGUGCGGCCGCCUCGGGCGCCUUCCAGCACACCACCACCUAUGCGCUCAUCUGCAACCGCCAUCUCGACCAAGUGCCUCUAUUGCCAAACCUGGGUGAUGUAACGUGUAUGACAUGCUUCUCCCUGGGCGAUGUCUCCAACCUGAUGAUGUGUUCAAUGUGUGGCAACCACUAUCACGGAGCCUGCGUCGGUCUUGCUCUCCUACCUGGUGUGCGUGCAGGAUGGCAGUGUGCCGACUGUCGAGUUUGCCAGCUGUGUCGUCAGCCGGAGGACACCAAAGUGAUGCUAUGCGAGACCUGCGAGAAGGCCUACCAUCCUCACUGUCUCCGCCCCGCCGUCACCUCUAUUCCCAAGUACGGCUGGAAGUGUAAGUGUUGUCGACUGUGCAGCGAUUGCGGCUCUCGAACGCCGGGCGCCGGCCAGAGCUCGAGAUGGCAUGCGCACUACACGGUGUGUGACUCGUGCUACCAGCAGCGCAACAAGGGCUUUUCCUGUCCACUGUGCCAUCGCGCCUACAGGGCCGCUGCCUACCGAGAAAUGGUCCAGUGCUCCAGCUGCAAAAAAUUUGUGCAUGGAACAUGUGAUGCGGAAGCUGAUCUUCCGACAUACCAACAGAAGAAAGAGACGAAUCCAGAGUAUGAAUACUUCUGUCCUAUUUGCAAAAACGAAAGACAGCAUGUUAUCAAACGGAAGGAUAGUACAGAGGAAUUAGCUGUGGACUCGAAUCUUAGUGCUUCUCAAGAAUCGUUGGUUAUGGACGAGUAUGAUUAUGAUCCAUCCAAUGAAAAGCAGGAAAGUCAAGCGGUCGGACUUGGCAAAGGCAAGCCGUUCCUGAGCAGUAAGAUAGCGAAGAAGCGGCUGCUGGGUCAGGGCUUUGUGGGUCGGCCGAAAGGAUUCGGCAAAAUGUCGUCGAUCAAUGCCGCUCUGGCCUCCUCCUACCAGAAGAAGAACCAGCGCUUUGCCGAGUAUGGCCGCAAGCGAGGCCCCAAGACGAAAAUGCGCGGAAUAUUCGGCGUGCCUGGUGUCGGGUUGCAGCGACCGCAGGCGGACGCCUCAUCAACCAGUAAGGCAGAUGACAGCGAGGCGGGCGGCGAGAAUCGACUUGUGCUCUGCUCGGCCAAGGACAAGUUUGUGCUCACGCAGGACGUGUGCGUGAUGUGUGGCGCCCUAGGCCAGGACCAGGAGGGCUGCCUCAUCGCCUGUGCCCAGUGUGGCCAGUGUUACCAUCCCUACUGUGUUUCAGUCAAGGUUACGAAAGUAGUUCUGCAGAAAGGGUGGCGGUGUUUGGAUUGUACGGUUUGCGAAGGCUGCGGGCAGCGAAAUGAUGAAGCCAGGCUAAUACUGUGUGAUGAUUGCGACAUAUCUUACCAUAUCUAUUGUAUGGAUCCUCCAUUAAACUAUGUGCCUCGCGGAAAUUGGAAGUGUAAAUGGUGCGCACAGUGCCAGACUUGCGGCUCGCAAGACGCCGGCUUCAACUGUUCGUGGCUGAAGAACUAUUCGGAGUGUGGGCCUUGCGCCUCGCGAACCACGUGUCCUGUCUGCUCCGACGCCUACUCAGAGGCUGAUCUCAUCAUCAAGUGCAUUCAAUGCGAAAGGUGGUUACAUUGUAGCUGUGAUAAAAUUCGUAGUGAAGCGGACGCGGAAAUCUGUGCGGAGGAGGGCUACAACUGUCUGCUGUGCCGGCCACGGGAUGUCCCUCCUCCCCACCUCUCGCCCGCUGUCACACAGGCCAGGACGCAGGCUGCUCGGCCCACCACUCCCGAAGUGGCUAUUGGUAUGUUGAUGGAAAUGUACAAGCAAGAGCAACAACAAGAGGCUGUUAGUGCUCCUCCCCCUCCGCCACCUCCUCCUCAACAACAGCAACAACAACAACAACAGAGUCGCCUUUGGUGCGCAGGCAAUUUCGUGGUGGACGGAGUGUGUCUGUCGGAGGCCGGCAUGAACCAGAUAAAGGCGCUGACCUUGGAGCAUGCGCCGCGCAAGAAGCGAGGCGCGCACGGAGCGCGCAAACUGGAGCGCGAACAGGAGCGCGAAGCGGCGCUGCUGAAGCAGGAGGCCGAGGAGCGCGAAGCCGAGAGUCAGAAGCAGAAUGCGCUCCAACAGGAGGCUGGUAUUAUGGCUACUAUUGAGUCGGUCGUUGCUGGAGAUUGCGAGGAUGAGAUAGAAGAAGAUUCUAUUUUCAAAGAAGACUUCUACAAAGAUGGUAUGCAAGUGCCUCCUAUGGAAGAUGGUAAGCCACCUGAACCGCCGAAAGGCUUCACAAUCUUCAUUCAGGAAAACGGAGUGAUGAUACUAAGAAAGAAACGAGUUCGCAAUCUCCAAAAACUAGGCAUUGGUGGUUUCAAUAGCAAACUGCGCAACACCCGGAAAGAGAAGGACGAGGAGCCGGGGGCGGGGGCGGCGGAUGGCAGUGUGACGCCCGGAGGCAGUGACGGGGGGGCCACCCCUCAGCAGUUGGCCGGGGGCAACACGACCCCCGGCUCGGACGAGAAGCCACGCAGGAAGCCGCAGCGACGCAAGAUCAAGAGCAAGCUGGUCGACAGCUAUCCGUCCUACUUACAGGAGGCAUUCUUUGGACGAGACCUUCUGGACACAAGCAAAGAGGCCGGACAAGAUCUGCAGAGCAGCAGCGAAGAGUCGGACGACGGCCGAAUGUCUGUGUCCGACGAUAAAACAAUCACACUGUCAGAGGAAGAAUUGAAGGCCAUCGAAGAGAUGAAAAUCAAACAGGAGAAAGAGCAGCAAGUGAAGAAACAAGAAGAAGCAGAGAAGAGCAGCAAGAAAGCGAUGACAGUGAAGACGGAAGAAGAAGAAGAGGAAGAACCUUGUGAUGCGGAUUUGACGGACAUUCUGAAGAUAUCUGAUAAUCUGUUGGGUGCCGAUUUGGUGAAGACUAUUAUGACCGAAGGGUGUGCAAACAUCAAGAGUGAGGUGGACUCGACUGUCGGCAACAGUUCGACUGACAGUUCGUCGGCUGCUGCCGGCAAUCGGAACCACUCCCACAAGGAUGAGUUGAGUGAUAUUCUCGGACCGAAUUUCAAUUUGGAGUCGAUGGUCAGGGAGACAGGCUUACCGAACAUGGACAGCAAAGACGUGGAGGAGAUCUUCAAGGGCGUGCUGACGGAUGACUCUCAGGAUCCGGAGCCUGAGCCGACUGCCGUGUUGAACAGUGGUGGGGGGACUCCCACCCUCUCUGCACCACCUCCUCCCCCCUCCCCUCUGCAACGCCAGCAGUCGCUGCCCUCUGUGGUCACAAACUCGCCCAUUGGCUAUCCGGCCGCCUCGCCUUAUCAUUCCGAGUACAGCAACAGUCCGCAAUUUAGUCCCGUGUUCUCCGAGCCACCAAGUCCGUGGGCUGACGAUGGCAGCGGAGAUGGAACGGCCAGCCAACGAAAUACGGCCAAAAUGGAGGCAGAAGAGGCGCUCGGAUCUGGCGCCACCAUUUCUGCCGUUCUCUACGCCAACAUCAAUCACCCCGAGUGGAGAACUGAAUAUCCAGUUUGGUCAGAAAGAUGCAAACAAAUCAUAAAAAAAUGGCGUACACUUCCAUUGGAAAAGCGAUCUCCGUACGUCCAGCAGGCCAGAGAAAACAGGACCAACAUGCGGCUGAAGAAACCACAGAACGCUGCCGCCACGCCCACCGCCCCCAAGGAGCAGAUUGCGAGCAGCCAGAGUGGAGGCAGUGCCAGCAGCGGAGGCGGGAAUGUGCUUGCCGGGGGCGGCAAGGGGCCACAGAAUGCCGCCCCAAUACAGCAACAGCAGCCGGCAGUGCACUCUUCAGUUGAGGUACAGCUGUCUGAUGAUGAUGAUGAUGAUGAUGAUGAUGAAUUGCUGCAAUCUCACCACGGUCUGCAAACGCUACUAACAGCACCACCCGGUGAAGGAGAGCCACAUGGGGAGGCGAGGAGUACCUCCUCUCCCUCUCCCACCACCUCCACCUCUCUCUCACCCCCCACCCCCACUGCCAAUGUUCCGGCUCCGCCUCAACGCUCCUCGUCCACCUCUUCAACCUCUUCCUCGUCCUCAUCCACCUCAUCUUCCUCCUCCUCAUCGUCCACCUCCUCCUCGGAGAAUGCCGCCGCAGCUCAAAACCUUGUCUCCACUGGAUCCAAUACUUCUCCUUGUCCUGUAGCUACUGAAUCUCCUAAACAACAACAACAACAACCAGCUGUACAAUCCUCCACACAACAACAACAACCCACACCUCAACCGCCGCCUCCAGCUCCUCAAGCACCCACUGUCACUCAACAUCCCCCCCGUGCUGCACAGACCAUAGAGUCCCCCCGAACGUUCCCCACCACCAUACCCUCGCACCCCUCCACAAUCCAGUACAUCCCCCUGAUUCCCCCUCGCGCCACCACUUUCCACCUGAUUCCGACGUCGAGCAGCACGGGUGACUCCGUGACUGCACCAAGACACAUCUACCAGUACGACAGAGGCACCAUUCACUACCCCCCCACCACUGUGCAAAUACUGCAGUCUGUGCCGCCACUAAUCAUGACUUCUGGCUCGGUGAUCUCGGCCACAGUGCACACUGCCAAUGACAGCAGCAGUGCCAGUGCAAGUGCCUCUGCCCCCCCGGCCACUGUCAAUGUGUGCCUUGCCACAAAUGAACAGAAGGCAGCCGCCUCUGCUUCCUCUGCUCCUCGCAACCUCCAGCUGCAGCUGAUCUCCACCACCCCAGCCCCUGCUCCCCCUCCUCCGGCCCCCUCGCCUGCUCCCCCCACCUCCGCAGCAAGCCCCCACGACCCCGCCUCCUCCUCCGACCAGCACAUCCGUGUCCUGACACCCUCCGAAAUAAUGCGCACUCUCCCCUCCCUAGGACAAGAAUCUUACGAUCCUCCAUCCUUGAUGGUUAGAUCAAGAUCCAGAUACAUGAGCAUGGUCAGCGAUGAUCCUGAAAAGAAUCCGCAUGGCAAAAGUAAUAGGGAAGCUGAACAGGAACGACAAUGGAAACAGUUGCAAGCAUUCAGGCAGCAGCAGCAGCAAGCUAUGCAGGACCAAAGGGCUGUUAUAUCACGAAUGCGUGGAACGCCAGGUGUACAGGAAGGUCAGUUUCAAACUGAACCUCAAAGUCCAACUCAUAUUGCCUCUCAACUUCAAGCGGCCGCUCCUCAGCAGGAGUCACCCAUUAACUUGCCUUCAAUGACGUCACCCGGUGGUAUGCGCACCAUUCAGCAGUUUGUGCCUCAAGUGCAGCAACAGGUGGUACAGGGCGGCAUAAAGAUAGCGCGCGUACUGAGUCCGGCGCAAUACCAGCAGCAGCAGCGACCGGGACUGCAGGCCAGUUCGUUCGCAAUGCCGCGCCCGCGUGCGCCCACUCCGCAUGCGCCCAGCCAACCUGCGUCCAACCAACCUGCGACCACUGCGCAUGCGCCGCCCGUGCCGCCUGACCUCGAGAUGAAUCGGCAACUGCGCGAACUGCUGCAGCGACAGCACAUCAAGAACAAGCUCGACACUGAACAGCGCAUUUGGACACAGAACGACGGCAGUCAACAGGCGGUGCAGUUGGAGAGUGGUGCGCCCGGAGGCGGCAACCCCACCUUCCGUCAGCCCCUGCCGCCCCCGCUAACCCGCCCGCGGCUCGCCCCUCCCCAGCAGAUGCAGCAGCUGGUGAGAGCUGCGUCUGCCGUCCCUCAGCAGAUGCAGCAGCUGGUUAGAGCUGCCGCCCCUCCGCCGCAACUGCAGCAGAUGGUGAGAGCUGCCGCCCCUCAGCCUCCGCCCCAACUGCAGCAGCGGCAGCCGGCGGGACUCGAGUCACCACCGCGAUUCAGGCUGCUGCAGCGGCCCGGCUUGAUUGCCACACGACCCACUGCCGCGGCCGCACCUCGCAAUCCGCUCGAUCCCUACGACCAUCUCGUGCAACACAGGCACCAGAUCACCAACGAAGGUGGCGUAAUAACAGGUGGCCAGCAGACCAUAGUGAGACACAUAGCCAGUCCUGGCCCUGCCGGUCCGGGGUUGCCGGUUGAUGCCUCGCGAUUGCAACAGCAGCAGCCGGCUCCACCCCCACCCCCACAGCCACCUCAACCUCAGCCUCCUCAGAUCGACCCCCAACGAUUAAGCGGUAUUAAUUCUGCUUGUAUGUUCUCCAUUUUUAUUUUCUCAUUCUCAUUAUUACUAUUUUUUAAAAAAAUUAUUAACAUGUCCCAUUUCACUUGUCAUCAUGUAUCUGAUGGUGAGGGGGGAACUGAUGUUGUUGAAGACGAUGAUGUCCUUCCGGAUGUUUUUUCCCCUGAUGCAUCUGAAGACGAAUAUAUACCUCCUUCUAGUGAAGAAGAUACAGAUGAUGAAACCCAAAGACCAAUAUUUGCAGCUGAAAUGGGACCUGAUUUUAAUAUCCUGGAGUACGCCGAUCCGGAACUGGACUCGGUGACGGGUGGUGAGAAGACGAACAUCCUCGAUGACUUGGAAGAUGAAGACCACAAACCAAAAGAGGAUCCAAGUACGAACAGAGGCGAGAAACGGGACAUGGAUGGCGACCAGGGGGCGGCUGUGAGCGGGGGUAGGGGUGACCAGAAGCCGCCAACCAGCAUUGACAAAGAGAGGGAGGGCGCAGUGGGGGGGCAGGCCGCUGUGACCAGUGUGGGACUCACCAGCCCUGUUGAGGGCCUCGCCUCCACUAUAGCCAGUGUGUCGCAGGUGCAAGUGCAACAACAGCAGCAGCAGCAGCAGCAGCAGCAACAACAACAACAACAGCAGCAGCAGCAACAACAACAACAACAGCAAAAGCAGCAGGCUCUUUUGGCAAUGCAACAGCACCAGCAGAAACUAGCGGCGAUUGGUGGACUUCAAGCCGCGGGCGGCAACUUCGCCAACACCUUUGCCAAUGUCAAUUUGGCCGGAGCUUUGCAACAACAACAACAGCAGCAGCAGCAACAACAAGUCAUCUCCAGGCUGCAGCUGCAGCCUCAUUUGGUGCCAGGCCAACAACUGCAACAACGUCUCCAAAUGCAGCAACAACAGCAGCAGCAGCAGCAGCAACAACAGCAGCAACAACAACAACAACAGCGGUUGGUAGCGGCGGCCUCUCCUCGCAUCAAUCAGCUGCUGUCUGGUGCUCCGCCCCAACCUCGGCUCGCCCCACCGCCCCCGCCACCACCACCGCCCCCGCCCUACCCGGGACCGCCUCCACCCUACCCGGGCCCUGGCCCGCACCAGGAACAGCCGUUGCUACUGGAGGAUCUGUUGGAACAGGAGAAACGCGAGCAAGAGCAGCAGCAGCAUCAUCAUCAGCCAGCAGUUGGUGGUGGAUCUGUGGCCUCAGCUGGGGAUCAGCAUCAGCAACAGCAUCAGUCACCUGUGCCGGUUCCGGUGCACCACACGUCAGCGCUACUCAGCGAUGCUGAUUUCGAGCGGCUGAGAGCCGAUGUGCUCGGAACACCCACCAACUCAGCGUCGCCGCCGCAUGCCUUGUCAAGUCAAUCAAUGAGCCCACUACAACAAGCUCCUGCAAUAAGGCCUCCUUUCCCCCAGAGACCGCCCAUACCCACUCAGUUACCAACUCAGAGCAUUACGCAGUGGCAGCAACCGGCUGCCGAACCAACACUGAGAGUUGCUCUUUAUAAUUGUCCGGUUCUUCCCUCUCCGCCGCCUCCUCCGGACGUGAUAGCCACGGAUCAGGACAGACAGACGCAGAUUCAGUACGAGACGUGGCUCAACAACCAGAACCAGGUGCUCUCGCAGCAGCUCAAGUACUACGAUACUGAAAUACUCAAACUCAGGAAAAUCAAGAAGUCGCUAAACAGCAAGCAAAGACAACUGCGAAAGAAUGGCAAUGAAUUGGCUGAAGGAGAUGCUUUGGAAUUGCAGAGAGUGUCCGCAGAAACUACUGUCAUUCAAAAACAUCUGGAAUCCAGUCGAAAGCAGAGUCGUCAGCACACAACACUCAUUCAGGAAUACCAGAACAAGCAGCAGGGUAAGCUGCCGGGCUCCACACCGGCCCCUGGGGUGCGGGGUCCCCCCGCCGGUCACGUGUCGCCGUCUGGCUCGUCCCCCCACUCGCCCCUUCUCCUCUCCCCCAGCCCCAACUCGGCGCCCGGGCCCCCCUCACAUCAGAGCAUGUCGCCUGCUCAGCAGUCGCCGCGUAUCGGCACGCCGCAUUCGCAGGCGGGCGAAGACAACCCGUUCAGCCCGGGCACAGGCACAGCAGGCCAGGACCUGCUCCGCUCGUCACUGCCGUCACCGGGCCGCUCCCCCCGUAGCAGCAUGCCGUCACCUCGGGCACCCACGCCCACGCCUCAGCACCCGCGCUCCGCCACUCCCGGCCCCGUCAACCCGGCCUUCUCCGCAACACAGGACCCCUCCAUCAGGCAUCCUGGAAUGGCGCUGAGGUUCGUGCGUUCUCCCGAUGCAAGCAACACAAUGAGGCCACGAAUGGGGAUGAUGCCGCUGCAGGGGCCAGGCCCCACCUCCAGUCCGGGCAUCUAUCAGGGCCCAAGGCUGCCCUUCUCCGCUGGCCAACAAACAAUUGUAACCGACAAAGUCAGACAACAGCAGCAACAACAGCACAUGCUCCUGCAGAAACAACAGCAACUGCUCCAACAACGACAGGCUCUGCUGCAACAGCAACAACAACAGCAGUUGCAACAGCAACAGUUGCAACAACAGCAGCAGCAACACCAGCAACAGUUGCAACAACAACAGCAGCAGCAGUUGCAACAGCAAUUGCAGCAACAGCAACAGAUACCCCAGCAAUUGCAACAACAGUUACAGCAGCAACAGCAACAACAGAUCCCUCAGCAGUUGCAACAACAGUUACAGCAACAGCAACAACAGAUUCCUCAGCAGUUGCAACAGCAACAAAUCCCUCAAAAGCUGCAGCAACACUUACAGCAACAGUUGCAAUUGCAUCAGCAGCAGCAACAGUUACAACAACGAAGUCCUCAACAACAGUUGCAACAACAAUUACAGCAACAGCAGUUGCAGCAGCAGCAACAACAACAGUUACAGCAGCAACAGCUACAGCAACAACAACAGUUACAGCAGCAACAGCAACGAAGUCCCCAACAACAGUUACUGCAGCAGCAAUUACAGCAGCAGCAAACUCCUCAGCAACAGUUACAACAACAGUUACAGCAGCAACAGCAACGAAGUCCCCAACAACAGUUACUGCAGCAGCAAUUACAGCAGCAGCAAACUCCUCAGCAACAGUUACAACAACAGUUACAGCAGCAACAAAUCCAGCAACAAUUACAACAGCAGCAGCAGAGUCCUCAGCAACAGUUGCAACAGCAAUUACAGCAGCAACAGCUCCAACAACAACAGUUGCAGCAGUUACACCAACAACAACAGCAGCAACAGCAACAGCAGCUGCAACAACAGGACAUUAAUCAACCCACCCAACAACAGCAGUUGACUCAACAACAGCGUCAGUUGCUGAUACAGGAACAGCAGAUGAUGCAACGCCAACAGCAGCUAGCCCAGCAGACGCGACAGCAGUUGUUGCUGAGUCAGCAACAGCAACAGCAGCAGCAGAAGAGUGGAAGUGGGGGGGUUCAGUUCCGACAGCAAGCGAGCCCCCUGUACGCGCCGCCACAGAGCCCUGCCGCAGCUGGCGGCUCCCCCAUUCUGCCGCCACAGAGUCCGGCCGCAGCCGCUCAACACCAGUUUACGGCUGGAAGUCCGCAGUCGCCGUUAGUGCACAACUAUCACCAGCAGCAGCAUCAGCAGUUCUCAGAGCCGCCAAGCCCGCGCGUUCAGCCGCAGACGCCGACAGGGGCAGGGGGGCAGUUCGUGCAGCCGGACAGUUCGCCAAUGACGCCACAGCAGCAGCAGCAGCAGCAGCAGUAUCAUCUGCAGCAGCCUCCCUCUCCGGCCAUCAUGCAGCAGCGAAGUCCCAUGCCUAUGCGUCGGCCUUCAUCCAGUCAUGGCAACAGUCCCCAGGUUCCUGAUCGUCCCCAGAGCGUGGAAAAUCCAUUGACACCUCGCACACCGCACACACCGCAACAACAAGACCAGCAACAGAUGGACAACAACAACAACAACAACAAUGGAGGUGGAGGAGGCGGGAACCCCCACAACCCCAUCAUCCCCCUGCCCAUUCUACCGGGACACCCUGACUUUGUGUUCCCGAGGCUGGGUCUUCGAGGUGGAUCGCCCAUGUGGAGUAGUGGCACAAGUCGCCCCCACUCCACACCCAACAAGUCUCUACCUGGCAAGGUGGCUCCUUCCAAACCUGAGCCGAAACCUGACGGCAAGGUGGUGGUGGCUAGUGCAAUUCCUGUCUCCAAAGUGGCAUCGUUGGUCUGCUUGGAUUACAACGAGUUCGACGAUGAGUCAUCUCGGACGCCUCCCGUUUCCCCGCCCCCCUCAACCUCCAAAACAGCUCCACCACCCCCUCCACCCAUCGCUCAACCUGUGCAGAAAAAGGAGGAGGAAUGUCCACCUGUUGCCGAAUCACAGCAAAUCAAAUCAGCCCGUCAAUCGACCGAGGACAAUGUUGAGCUCACUGUUAUCGAUGACAUUGUUCUGGUCGGUCGAGAUGAAAUCGAUUUAGAAAUCGAGGAGCUGCAAGAUGCGUUGAAAGAUAAUGUGAUGUCGGUACCGAUUGUCAUUGAUCAAGGUCACAUACAGUUGGACAAUGAAAGUGUUGAUGAACAGUUGUUGGAGGAGUGCCUAGUAACUUCCACGGAUCUGGUCGUUUUGGAUCAUGAAACUAACGAACAUCUAUUACAAAUGGUUGAUAAGGAAGAUAUCGAAGCAACAGCUAAUGAGAUUUUGAUUUUGGAUGACGAUAAAGGUGACGACACUGAUUUUCCUUAUUCGAUCGAUGAAAGCCCCAGUGAUUCGCCGCCCAGACGGAAACGUAUGGUUGGUAAAGUGCUGCCUGGAGAAAUGAUAAGGAAAGAUCAAACGCCUGAAUCGCCGGAUCCCGAUGAAGUGAACACUGAACCCUCGCCGGAACCACCGGAUACCGUCACGUCACCAGCUGAUGAGCCCGACAGCGAGGUGUCCACCACUGUUGAAACAACCAUGUCACCAUCGGCCAUGAGUGAGAAACAGGAGGUUGUGUCCACCACCACACCAGAUAUGAUCAAGGAAGAUGGCCAAGUGUCAAAAGAUGGCAGUAGUAAAGAUUGUGUUGUGGUGGAGGAGGAGGAUGAGGAGGAGGAUGAAGGGGAUGAAGAAGAGGAAGAGGAUGAGGUGGUGGAAGAGGAGGUGGCAAAAGACUUGAGAGGGGUAGAGGAGGAAGAGCAGGAGGAGGCAGAGGUUGUAGAGGAAUUGAAAGAGGAGUCACCAUUAGAAAAUGAAGAAACUUCAACAGUUUUAUCAUCGCCUGAACCAUUACAACCACCCCCACCCCUUCACCACCCGUCACCACAAACCAAUCAUCAUCAUCAUCAUCAUUGUCAUCGUCAUCGUCACCACCCAAUGUUAGUGUGUCCAGUAUUCAUGCCAGUGACCUCAUUUGCAUCCUAUCCUAGACCUCCAAACGCCGCCUGUCAUGUCAUCAAAUCUGAUGCAAGAUCUGUGAUAGCCGUACAACAGGCCACUGUGGCCAGUCUGGUGCAGGAUGCUGUCAAUGCUGCCAAACUAGCUGCUGAGAAACAGAGCGUCAACCAGAGUGUGGUCAUCCCCAACAUUCUCACAACUUGCUCCAGUGCUAACACAGUGGGAGUUGUUAGUACAACGUGUACCAAUCUAACUAGUGCACCACGCAUGUCGGUACCGGUUACGCUACAGUCUCGGGUGGCAGUGCCAUCUUCGGUCGCUGGCGGCACUCAGUACGUUCUCACGCAAACCGACCGGCACGGUGUGUUGAAACUGGAGGGAAUCAAGGUGAUCGGCUCCAGAGUUGGAUUGGUUGAAGGCACUGCUGAUACGACCGAAAAGAUCCAGAUAGCGAUCACCGAUAAACAGAUUGUCAAAACGUUUCCUACAACUGUAGCGUUUGCUCCGCGUCAACAAGCCAUCCCAGUCACUCUACAGCAACAGUUGCACGCUCGUAGUGAAAGUAGUGCUCUUGAACAGCAGUUGAAGCUCUCUGAAUCACUCUCAACACUCACACAAUCUGUUAUUUCUUCUCAGCCUGUUAUCAAAACACAACAAGCAACGGAAAGCGAGAAUACGAACUCUAACUCUAGUGCUUCUGUUAAAACAGAGGAAAAUAAGACCGUGGAGGCUGUAUUGACUAGUAGUGAGUCGACCGUAACAACAGCAAUAUCAACACCAAACACUAUUUUAGUAACAAAUUCUAGUGCACCAGUUUCAGUUAGUAGUAGCGACGUUGAACACUCUAGUGUAAUUUGUAGUAAAGUAAAACAACAGCAAUCUGUGAUAAAAUCUUUGGAACACUCAUCAACUAGUGAAGAACAAUCCACCAAUAGUACGCCAUCUAGCUCGAGCAUUCUAGAAGCACAACUCACUGGUAUACGACAAAAUACACCUUCUACCUCCGAGGGUAGCGAUUCUUUGCCUAGAAUUUCGCCCUCAAAAAGUUUGUUCAAUUUCCUGGAGAGGUCGUCGUCUUCGCCUAAUUUAGAGAGAGACGCACAAGUGAAAAAGGACCAAGAGUUGAGGAGGAAUUGGGAGAUGAAGCUAGCUGAUAACUCCAGUAAAGAUCAGUCACAACCACCUCAACAGUUGCAACAGAGAAUCGUAUCGAAUACAGCAGUUGCACACGUCUUGGCACGCUCAGCUAGUUUAGGAGAAAUUCAAACAGAGAAACUCAAAAUAGAGGAUGGAAGAAUAAUUUCCACCCAAUCUAGAGAAGCUGUGAGAAUAGGAAACAUUUAUGUGCACUCGGAAAACAUUCCUGUGAGGUCAGUGAAUCUGAUCCACAGCGGUGGUAGUUUGAUCAAAAGAACUGAAGUGAGUGACAAAUCGGGUACCAAUAUGGAUCUUCGAACGAUUUCAGUGUUACAUUCAACGGAUCUGACCGGUGACGUCAUUCAUAAAACGGUGAACGACAGUCGUCAAACGUAUGGUGUCAUAGAUGUCAUGAAACAGCUACAGAAACGAGAAGGUGUUCACGAACAUAAGUUGAUAGCAGUUAGCACCGCUCAAGGCACGAGGAUAAUACAACAGAAGAUAGAUGACAGUGGUUCGGGGUCGUCGAUGUUUUGUAGCAGCACGACAACUUCAACCUCUCAACAAAAAGAAGACGCUGCUCAGGGAGGAGCAACAACUACAACUCAAUCUCAGUUCAUACCGUUGUCAGCCAUGUUGACACAAAAAUCAUCAUCAGACCCUGCCACCCCAGCACCAGCUGUUAGGAGGCCCUCUUCUGAGGACUCACAGAAUGUUCUCCUGAAGCAAUUGCUGCAGAAUACAGGGUGCAGCUCGACGCAACAAGUGACCCCCACCCUGCCCGUUGUCCCUUCGUUGGAGGCGCAGCUAGCCCGGCCUGUUCCGCCCACACCCUCCAGCCUGCUGCCGUCGUCGCUCAGUGAUCCGCCUGCGUCACCUCUGCCGCAGCCGCAGCCGGCUCAAGUGCCGCAACCGCAGCAGCAGGUCAUCUUGCCGCCACCCGCUUCGACGCCGUCCUCUGUGUCGUCUGCUCCCGCUACUCCUGUCGCUAAGCAGCCUGUGGCUUCUCCAUCUCCGCAGAGCACAGUGCCACCGCGAGCCGCAUCCACGCCCAGUAUGGAACUAACAGCCGCCAUCCCUACAUCACCACAAAUCCAGACCACCUUCAUCACCACAACGCCUUCGCCAUCCGCUCCACAACAACAAAUACAAUUGCAACUACAACCACAAGCACAACAGCAGCAGCAGCAGCAUAGAAUUAUUCUCAACAAUCAACACCAGCUGCAGCAAAUCGUAAACAAAGUUGAAACAAUCCAGCAACUGCAACAGCAACAGAUACAACUGCAACAACAGCACCAACAGCAGCAGCAACAGUUACAAUUACAACAACAGUUGCAAAAACAACAGCAAAUGCAACAUCAAAACCAGCAACAGCACCAGCAGAUGUUGCAGCAACAGCUGCUCCAACAACAACAGCAGCAGUUGCAGCAACAUCUUCAACAACAAAAGCUGCAGCAACAGUUGAAGCAACAACAACAGCAGCAACAACAGUUGAUGAACUCUGUCUUCAAUAGUUCUAUAGUUGCUACAACGGAAGGUUUGUCGGAUGGUUCGAAAGUGCAGCAACAGAUCAAACUUGAGUCGGCGGCCGCUGUGUCGUCCUCUUCGUCGACGUCAUCCUGUUCGCAACCAGCUGUGACGACUCCGACUCUGGUGGCGCCGUCGCAGAUCAAGAAGGAACAUCAGCAAGUUGCGGCCGGCCACAACAUUCUGAAUGCGUCGCAAAUCAAGAAGGAACCGCAGACGGUUGUGACUGCGGCCGCUACGACGCCGGUGAUGGUCGAGGUUAAGAAGGAGGUGAUGUCGUCGGAUGAGCUGGUGUCGCCCGGUGUGGGCACCACCGAUGGCGUCCUGUCGUCAUCGCAAGAGCAUCCGCCUAUGGACCCCAACGACCUCAAGAAGCUGAAGCGGCGCCAGUACCAGCAGAAGCGACGCCAGAGUCAGGGCAAGGAGGCGGUUGGCGGCACUCCCAAGAAGCGUCCUAGAAAAAGUUCGAAAGUGGAAGAAGAUUACGACUCGUUCAUCGACUCGCUGAUGGUGCAGCUGCGGCAGGCGCCCAUGAUGACCGUGCUCGAACCGUCGCUCUGCAAAAACUUCUCAGUGUGUCCGAUAUUUGGAGCCGGCGACCUCAGCAAACUGCCCUGCAACAGCCGUACGGGCGAACUAAAGGGCAAAUACGGCGAAGGUGUUCUCCUGCACAAGUCCGACCACUACAACACGGAGCCUUACGGCGAUUUGCCGCUCAUCCCAUCGCAACCCACGCCUUCCACGCAGCGAGGAUUCUACAACGAGGAGUUUGCGCCGUUGAAGUUGGAUUGCAUGAAAGACGAGUUUGACGAGAGGAGGUUGGAUCUGAGUAGGGAACGAGACGCCGACACACCGGACACCAUAGUUAGUUCUUCGUCACCCGAGUGCAUCAUACCGGAACCGUUCAUCAGGUAUCCAGGUUUGAGGUUGAUCGAUGAUGAUGAACUGGAAGAGGAGGAGAGGUUGAGACGAGCUUCCCCUGUCAUCCCCCUCAUUGCUCCCCUUGCACUUAGACCCAAAGCGCACAAAUUCUCCAACGGCAUGGACAAGGAGAACGUUUAUGGCGGUGGUACUAAAAACCGUUUAUCACCCACUGUGCCUUUGAAGGAUUCGGGGAAUGUUACAGUCACGUUGACCCUAACCUCAACUGCAGCUGAUGAUGUGUUGGGUGUGUUGCGCAACUUGGCAAAUGUCCUUAGGAUACCACCACCUACCAACUAUCACAUUUCGGAACGGACCACAACACCACCCAGCCAUAAAUUGGGCUUGUACCGCACGAAAGGGAAAGACGGCAAGGAGGGAGCUGUGGACAUCCAGAGUAUACUCAACGGUGCCGCCAAGUUUUGUCGACAUUGUGAUGUGGUCGUGUUGAACAAUUUGAUUAGAAAAAAAGCUUCGGAAAUGCCAUUUUUGUCACGUGAGGAAGGAUCGGAGGAUUUUUACUUUUACUUUUGUAGUACAUCCUGUAUGCAACUAGCCCUGUUACACCACCCUCCAUCCCUGACUAACGAGGAAAAAGCGGGGGCAAUAGUAGACCACACUGGUGAUGUGUCCCCUACACCCGCCAAACGAUUGAAACUGAACUCUUCGACAACACCAGUGACCACCACAACCCCUUCCCGACCGGAAAAGGUGACGCCAACCAAAGGCAAGCUGAACGCUACGGUAAAAAUGGAGAUUGACGACGAUAUCUUCAACUUCCACGAGGAUCAUCUGAUCGAUCAGCAGCUGAAGACGUCGAGCAACAGCAGUGAUGACGUGAGGUCGGUGAAGGGCAAAUUGGAGGAUGGUGUCACCACAACUUCGACCGAUUCCAAACCAGCGCCGCCAGAGGAGAAGAAGCCGUCGGCCAAGGGCAUCAGAUACAGGACGUGGUCGGCUAACAGUAUUCCGCCGCCUGCCAACAAGUGGAAGAAACCAACUGACAAGGAGAUGACUGAGAUGCUGUUCCGCAUGGCUAUCACAGUCAUUCCACCGAAAAUGCCAGACGACACUAGAACUUGUCUCUUCUGCCACCAAGUUGGCGACGGCCUUUCUGAUGGACCAGCUAGAUUGUUGAACUACGACGUGGACAAGUGGGUGCACCUGAACUGUGCGCUGUGGUCAGACGAGGUUUAUGAGACUGUGAACGGGGCGCUGAUGAACGUUGAGACGGCGCUGCAGCAGAGUCUGGCUAGCAAGUGCUGCCUUUGCCAGCGCACGGGCGCCACCCUCAAGUGCUACAAGUUGCGCUGCAAUCUGCUCUACCACCUCGGCUGCGCCGUCAAGGACCAGUGCGUUUUCUACAAGAACAAGACGCUAUACUGCGCCGACCACGUGCCAAAGAACGAGAAGGACAACGAGCUGACAACGCUGUCGGUGUUCCGGCGCGUGUACGUGAACCGCGAUGAGAACCGGCAGAUCGCCAGCGUGAUGCAUCACACCGAACACAACCACCUGUUGCGAGUCGGCACGCUCAUCUUCCUCAACGUCGGCCAACUGCUGCCGCAUCAGCUGCCCAACUUCCACAACCAAAACUAUAUCUAUCCCAUCGGAUACAAGAUUAUUCGCUUCUACUGGAGCAUGCGCGUGUCGAACAAGCGGUGUCGCUACAUCUGUUCGAUCCACGAGGCGAACGGCCGGCCCGAGUUCCGUGUGCUGAUCCAAGAGCCCAGCCAGGAUGACCUUGAACUGCGUGACGCGUCGCCACGCGCAGUGUGGACGCGCAUCCUCGAGCCGCUGGCCAAUCAGAGGAAGGGCAACGAGAUGGUGCAGGUGUUCCCCAGGUUCAUGACCGGCGAAGACCUUUUCGGGCUCACCGAACCCGCUAUUGUCAGGAUUUUGGAGAGUUUGCCAGGUGUGGAAACGCUGACCGACUACCGGUUCAAGUACGGGCGCAACCCACUGCUAGAACUGCCGCUGGCAAUCAACCCAAGCGGAUGCGCGCGCAGCGAGGCCAAGCAGCGGGGAGUGGGGGGCGGGUGGCGUCGCGCGCACACCCAGCGCACGGCCGGCGCACGGGGCGCGCAACUCACGAACACCGCCCUGCUGGCCACCAACGCACCCGGGGGGCAUUUGGGGGGCGCUGGGCCUGGGGUCAGCGGCCAGGACGCCUCCUGCUGCCCCUACUCGAAGCAGUUUGUGCACAGCAAAUCGUCGCAGUACAAAAAGAUGAAGCAGGAGUGGCGCAACAACGUCUAUCUGGCCAGGUCGAAAAUUCAGGGAUUAGGAUUGUAUGCUGCUAGAGACCUUGAACGACACACGAUGGUGAUCGAGUACAUUGGAGAAAUCAUCCGCACCGAACUUGCUGAACUCAGGGAAAAGCAGUACGAAGCUAAGAACCGCGGCAUCUACAUGUUCCGGCUGGACGAGGAGCGAGUGGUGGACGCGACGCUGAGUGGAGGGCUGGCUCGCUACAUCAACCACUCGUGCAACCCCAACUGUGUCGCCGAGACGGUCGAGGUCGAACGUGACGUCAGAAUCAUCAUCUUCGCCAAGCGACGCAUCUCGCGUGGCGAGGAGCUGGCCUACGAUUACAAAUUUGACAUAGAAGACGACCAACACAAGAUCCCUUGCAUGUGUGGGGCCCCCAACUGCCGCAAGUGGAUGAACUAAGCACCUAUCAAUGUGAAUUUGAAUCCUCCUGCCAUUGCCAUAAUGCCAGCUUUGCCUUCACCUAUUUAGUUUUUAAUGUCGAAGAACUUUGUCUCAAUGAGCGUAUUAGAAAUUAGCAAAUUUAUUUAUAUAAUGUUGAUCAAUCAACAUUGGUUAGUGCAAAAUUACCAUGUGCUUCAACCUGAUGAGUACAGGUCAAUCGUUGUGAAAUAGAUUUAUUUUUACACAUAUAUUGUACCAUAAUAUUUCAAAAUAAUUUGAGUCGGCUUUAAGAAAACCUUUUGAUAGUGAAAAUGUAAUGUUAACUAUGAUUAUUAUCGAAUCAAUGUAAUUCAUGUUGUGAUCUUUGUAAACUUAUAUUUGUUGAGUUAUUAUUACUCCACUAGAGACUACCCCUCACUUUUCAUAUCUAGUUCAAGUAUAACUAGUAUAAUUAUUUUUGCAUUCUAUUCUUAUUUUCUGUCUUUUAAGGUAAAAUUAGUUUAACUGUCUUAUGAACUUAAGGUAAUUGCAUCGUUUACCUACAAUUCUAUCGUUUUACAUGUUGAAUAUUCAUUUACUCUUCAUUAUAGGUAUAUCUUACUCAUUGAUUUUACUUUUCAUUCUCAUCCCGCUUCAUAAAAAAUUGGAACCCACCUUAAACUAUAAGUCUUUUCAUCUCUGAUCACCAUCGUUCCCAUUACCCACGCACAAGUAAGUAGCUCAAGUGGGCCAAUUAAAACAAAACUCAAUUCACAGCUCUUCCAGGAUAUGAUUAUAUAUUUUUGUUUAAAAUCAGCUACCAAAAUGAAUCACAAAAAGUACGCAAUAAACUAUAUUACGUUCGUGGUACUAUUGUACUAUAAGAAGCUUCUAUAAACAAAUGAACAUUUUAACAAAGUGUGACCUCACAUAAAAUCGUUUAACAAAAGAGAUUAUUUUUGUACAGUGAUAUUCAAGACGAUAACUCUUUUCAUGAGUUAAAUAUUUGUAAAAUAAAAAUAUAUACUACAUCUAAACUUGUAUGCGGAUAUUUUCAAUUUUUCUAGUAAAUAAACGUUGUAAAUGUAUACUUUAUGUGUAAUAAUAUGUGAAGAUUAGCAUAGGAACAAGUACAAAUUAUAACUUAAUAAAUCAUGCCAUGCAUUUCAUUUUGUAAUGAAUAACUCUUAUAAAUAGAAUAAAAAGUGUAUCGUAUCUAAAUAUCUUAUAUCAAUGGAUUUAAAAUUUAAAAUGAAAUUUGCCUUUCAUUUUGCUCUGUCUUUCUCCUUUCUCCUUCUUUAUCUAAUCAAUCUCUUUUUCUAUAAUAUUCAUUCUCGUUUAGUAAACCGCUGUUGAUAGCUUCCUUAAUCUAUUGUAUCUAUUAUGUUAUAUUAAACAGUAGUCAGAUUGCACAUCACUGAAACAUCAGAAUGGCAUCCAGCCUGAUCUCUUUGUUGUGAAGAACUUAUUUUUCUUCAUGCCAGAUUAUUAAUUAUAUUAUGAUGAUAAUAUUGCAUUAUUGAGAUUUAUGUAAUAUUCUUUCACUGUAUUAUGAAUUAUUUUUAAAUAUUGGAACCGGUCUUUCUACUUUAAAUAAAAUUGAUUUUUAAAAACUUCUUAGUCUUUCUAUUUAAUCUAUAAUAAUAUUUUUAUAAUUAUAAUAAUUAUUUUUAACUCUACAAACACGCUCCAUAAAACUAGAUCGAUGAUAUUGAUUUCAAAUUUAUUAAAACCUUAUUGAUAUUAUUGAUUUUAAAUUUGUUUCAAUGUUAUUUUAGCAAUAUUUUCCACCCUCUCUUAUAUAAUAAUCAAAGUUUUAUAAUACAUCUAUUAUUAAACAUUAGCUUGACUCAAAUUAUUUUGUAUUUUAAGUGCAGGUUGAGUAACUGGGGACAUUUUAGAUCUCAGUUUCUCAUGAUAAUACUUUUUGGGCUAAGAUUAAUUAUGAAAACUUGAUCUGACUUUCUCAAUCUACUUGAUUAUUUGUAAUGGACAUCUAUAAUAUCAUCUCGUAUAGUAUUGUUACUCAAUAUCCAAUUGAUUUGAAAGCUUCGAUAGUUUUCCAAGUUUAUAUUGUGAAGCGCCUUGUUAUUGUUAUCGCGUGUGCGUGUAUGUGUGUAUUAUAAAAUUACGAAGAAAAUUAUCUAUAAUAAUUAUAGGAAAUAAUUGUAUUGUUUGAUGUAGUGUACUGUUUUUAUAAAAUAAUGUAUAAAGCAAUGUACAGUCUUUGCAUAAACCAAAUGAUUAUAAAGAAAAUUGAAAGCAUAUAUAAUUUUGAUAAAAAAGAUUGUAGUUUUCGUAUAGAUAACUCGUUGUUUUUCUUUCUUUUUUAAUUUAGUUACAUGUAAAGUGUAUCACAUGAUAUUCAGGUGUACAUUUGAAUUUCUUAUUUAUAAUUACAAUGAAUACCUGUAAUUUUAAUAUAACAAAUGGAGUUUAAAUAAAUGAAUAGAUAAAUUGCCUUUCAAUAGUUAAGUGAAGUAUAGUAUGUAAAUUUUCACUAGAUUAGUAUCGAAAUAAUUUUAAGAUAUAAGCAUUUGACAAUAUAGAGUGAACUACCAUCGUAGAGUUAUUUAUUACACUUGUCCUUAUUUAAUAAUAUUAUUGUGAAUGUUGUUUGAACCUUUGUACGUGGAAAAUUUAGUAUCCUUUUCGUGUAUAGUAAUAUAUGUAUCGAUCUUAUUUUGCAAUCAAUUAUUGUCGUUUUUUACGGCGAUUCUAUUUGUCUAUGUAUUUAGUCCGUUUAAUUUUAAGUGAAUGUCUUAUUCUUAAGUGGCUUGGAUUUAUGUUGUACAUAAUGAUUUAUAUCAAACUAGAUAGCUUUUUUACUGUUCUGAGUUCAAUGCUCGUUCAGUAUAAUUUUUCCUCAUUUUCGGGAAUAAAUUAUCAAUCAAUUUUAAAUUUUCCUUUUGAAAAUUAGUUCAAUUUUAUUACUUUCCACUCUUGUCUGACUUUUAGUCUAUGAGUUUAUUCACAUGUUAUUUUAAUUGUUAAGUUUAAAAUAUAUUUUUACUUGAAA